AUGCUAUCUCUUCAGUCUCACAAUCAGGUUUUAUACCAUUUAACGCAACUAACAUUGGCAGUUACUCCUAGGACACCUUUAUAUUCAGUCCAAGCUAAGAAACAGGAUGAAUCCCCACAAAAGAAUAAAGAGGAGAUGGCGAUUUGCCAAGACAGUUUUGAGGAGGCGGCAAAAAAUUGUAUUGACAAUGAGUUACUAGAAAUGAAUUUAAAUAUUUCAAGUUUAUUAACAAUGAAGAACAAUAAAGUAUGCGUAAUGUUGGAUGAUCUAGCUAUGAGUAUAUUUAAAAGAUCUCUAGAAGAAAAUAAUAAAUGGAAAGUGUCUUAUUUAUCUGGCCUAAGUUUUGCCGACAACAAACGGGGCUUCCCAUAUUCUUCAUUGACGGAACCCAUUAGUCUACCUGUCAUUCAUCUAGCAUCAAAACAGCAUCAUAGACUGUUAUAUACAUGGUACACUAAAGCGUUACAAAAUCAUAUGCCAAUUCGUACAUUCAAGUCUCAGCGCAGUAUAAAACUGGAACUUCAACAAAAUCCAACAUUUAUGAAUAGAAUAAAAAAAUGGCUUGGUCUCUCUUCUAAUCUUCAUGUGAGCUCAGUACAUGAACCAAAAAGUUCGGACUUUGAGAAACUAAAACAGAUCUUUAACAAUACUGAUGUAACAGCAGAUGAACAAAAGAGAAUAAAAAUGGCUUUUGUGGAAGGAUACGAAUCCGGAUUGCAACGGCAGAUGCGAGGGCGAACAAUGUUAUUCAAAAUUGUGAUAAAUAUGAUAGCUGUCUCUAUGUUUUUAAUUGUCCUCAUAAUUUGGCUUUAUCUUAGUUAUCCAGGAGGAGGAAUAUUCAAGCUUCCUAUGAGCCAUAGGAUUGAAAUCGAUCCCGAAGACAUUCAUGUUACUUUCAGUGAUGUUAAAGGGGUGGAUGAGGCGAAGCAGGAACUUCUGAAUAUAGUGGAAUUCUUGAAAAAUCCCGACAAAUUUUCUGCUCUUGGCGGAAAGUUGCCAAAAGGUGUGCUUUUGGUUGGUCCACCUGGCACAGGAAAAACAUUAUUAGCGCGCGCAGUCGCUGGAGAAGCUGGUGUACCAUUCUUCCAUGUGGCAGGUCCUGAAUUUGAUGAGAUCUUGGUUGGUCAGGGUGCUCGGCGCGUUAGAGAUUUAUUUAGAGCGGCGAAAGAAAAAGCGCCUUGUGUAGUGUUCAUUGACGAGAUUGACUCUGUAGGUGCGAAAAGAACAAAUUCGGUUCUCCAUCCUUACGCAAAUCAGACAAUUAAUCAAUUACUUUCCGAAAUGGAUGGUUUUCGCCAAAAUGAAGGUGUCAUAGUUCUUGGUGCUACAAAUAGACGCAAGGAUCUCGAUAAAGCGUUAAUGCGUCCGGGCCGUUUUGAUGUUGAGAUUUAUAUUAAUAAACCUGAUUAUUUUGGUCGUAAGGAAAUAUUAGAUUUGUACUUAUCCAGAAUAUUAACGCAUGAAGUUGAUACAGUUUACCUAGCACGCUGUACUACUGGAUUCACUGGAGCUGAUCUUGAAAACAUGGUAAAUCAAGCUGCAUUACGUGCAGCGAUUGAUGAGGCAGAUUGCGUUAGUAUGAAACAUUUGGAGUAUGCUAGAGACAAAGUAUUGAUGGGUCCUGAAGGCAAAUUGAAGUUACAUGAUGAGGAAGUCAAUCGUAUCACAGCAUAUCAUGAAGCUGGACAUGCUCUAGUAGCAUUUUACACAAAGGAUGCCACACCACUUCACAAAGUUACUAUUGUUCCACGAGGACCAUCGUUAGGCCAUACUUCUUAUAUGCAUGAAAAAGAUGUUUAUCAUAUUACAAAGUCACAAUUAUUAGCUAAUAUGGAUUCCAUGAUGGGCGGUAGAGCUGCUGAGGAGUUGAUAUUUGGACCUGAAAAAGUAACAACUGGAGCUUCUUCUGAUUUAGAGGAGGCGACAAAGAUAGCAGAGUUAAUGGUAAAAAAUUAUGGAAUGUCAGAAAAAGUGGGAUUUAGAUCAAUAACAGAAAGUAAAAAGCCUUUCAGUAGUAGUCCUACAUAUGCGCCAAGCACAAGUGAGAUCAUUGACAAUGAAGUAAAGCGGAUUUUACAGGAAUCAUAUGAACGUGCAAAAUCAAUUUUGAAAACGCAUGCGAAGGAACAUAAACAACUAGCAGAAGCGUUAUUACAGUAUGAGACAUUGGAUGUGGACGAUGUGGCUGCCAUUGCAAAUGAAACAGGACUUAGUAAACGAGAAUCAUCUGCAGAUCCAAAGAGAUCGACAAAAGGAUCUUAAUCUAAGCGCAGUUGUUUGAGAACAUUUACUGAGAAGGUAGGAAUCAAGCAUAAUUCUAUAAAAUUUGCGCGGACAUACAAUUCGGAUAAUGAUUGUAUUUUGUACGAACUUAUAAUUCAUGAGAAAUGUAAAAUACAUUCGAAAUAUAAACCGUGA